AUGGCAGAGAAGCUAGGCAUUGCUGGAGCCUUGCAGCGCCCUACUACUUCAAUCAUGUUUGGAGAUGCAACUUCUAAGUCUCCUCUUGGAGUGUUCAAGAACUAUCACUUGAAAAUUGGAGAAUGCAUCAUCCAAACUGAUCUCACUGUGAUGGAAAUGGAAGAAGAGAAGGAUUUGCCUCUGUUAUUGGGAACCCCUUUCCUUAGUACAGUUGGCGCUUCAAUAGACUUUCACAAGCAAGAAGUGAUCCUUCACAAGGUGAAUAGUUUGGUGUCAUAUCGCUUGCAGCCUAGAGGUUCAGACUUUUGUGCCACAAUUGACAGUACCAAUCUCAGUUCUAAGAGUCAUGGAGCUACAAAGGUUGUGAAGGAAAGGGUUGACAAGGAACCAAGAGUUGGGAAGGAUAAGGAUGAGAGAGGACCAAGGAUUGAGAAGCCACGUCUUGAGAGGGCUAGAGUUGAGAAACCACGAUCUGAUAGGCCAAGAGCUGAGCGACUUGUUCAAGCCCCUUGUGUGCUUGAUGAAGAGAGCCUUCAAGCUUUGUUUGAUGAGCCACUAGGAAGGGCUCUAAAAGAAGGGGAGGAUGCAGCCUCUAAGGCAAGACCAGGAGAUAAAAGAAAGGAUCCACCAGCUCAGGCCCCUUCAGUCAAGCCAUCUCAGCUCACAAUGACUUUGUUCCCCACCAAGUUUGAAAAUGGGAAGAUUGAGUACAAGAUAAGGUACAAGGGGAGAUCAAGGCCAUUCUCUAGAGCCAAGGCCUUGGUGACUUCAGAACAGUCCAGGGACCCAACCAAGCUAAAGGAGCUUCUGUCUCAAGAAAAUUUCGAAUUUUCAAACUUUUUCUCUCAAGUUUUUGCGAUUUCAAGUGUUCACCUUCUUGUUUUGCUUGGGUUUUUGUUUACUGCUCUUCAAUUCCUCAUUCAACAAGGUACUUUAGUGAAGAAACAGAGUAACAAGGAUGACAAACAGUGA